CUUAUUUAAAGUCUUGUGAAGUAUUUUAGUAAAUGAAUAUAUAAGGGGAAAGGUGGUUAAAACUAACAUUUACAUAACUGCGAUGAAAAGUAGGAAAUAUGUCCUAUAUGGGAUAUUUGUGUUAUGUUUCACAAAAGUGUACUACAUAUUACUUGACGGUAUUGUUAGAGACGACGAAGAGUUCUCCGUGCCAAGUUACAUCUUUAAGAAAAGAAAUAUAUUUAACAGUCGCCUGAAUGGAUCGGCACCAGUUUACAAGAGACCGGAAAGUGUUGCAGACAUUUGCAAGUCUCUUGAAGUCGGUGCAGUAAACAACCAAACACAAUCCGUAUUGAGUGUGUAUCACUUCUAUGAUAGAUCGAAAAUCUGUUCCUGUCAUGUUCCGAAAGCAGCCAGUACGUCCAUUGGAAGAGCUCUCUUGAUUUCCGAAUUCCCGGAAAAGGCGGUUAUUUUUAGAAACCUACCUGGCUACCAAUUACACGCGCUAAGAGAAGUUCAAAACGUAACAAGUAAUCAGUGCUUUACAAACGCUGUGACGUCAUUCUUAGUGACAAGAGACCCUUACAGACGUCUUUUUUCCGCUUAUAUUGAUAAGAUAUAUCUAGAAAAGUUUCAUAAGUUGUCAGUGGUUUUGGAUGCACUAUAUAAUAAAGGAGUAUCCAGAGAGAAACUUAAAGAUAUGAUAGAAAACAAAGACGAGCGUUUGAAGGCGUGGUAUUGUUCAGUGACUGACGUUUCUUUUGAACAAUUUCUGAAAUAUGUAACAACAACACAGAGUCUUGACACACAUUUUGCCCCAGUAUCACAUUUGUGUGAUCCCUGUACAAAACAUUACGAUGUUAUUCUUAAACAAGAAACUCUGACAGACGACAUGCACUAUUUGUUUGAAAAGAUAUACAAGAGGAAUUAUUCCGCUAGAGAAAUUCCAGAUGUUACAGAUUACACUGGAGAGUCGGGAAUUGAAAGCCAAAUAUUAACAUAUUUCACGCACCGGCGAGCUUGGUUUUCAAAACAUAAUUGUAAAAUUGAUAGAAAAACAUACAAUGCCAUCAACCAGCGUCUAUGGAAUGGUUUAAAACUUCUUGGUAGCAUUGACGAUAAUUUGGAAUUCAUAGAUGAAUUGUUCAAAGGCCCAGUUGGUGAAAGGCUUAGAAUUAGAAAUCCAGAAACCGUUCUGUACGAAUUCAAACUUAAUAGAAUCCCAUAUCUGAAAACAGAUAGUCGCGAAAAGCAGCGACGUAAACAUUUAAUCCAGGCUUACCAAAGUGUUGACAUAUCAGUGAUCAAGAGAAUACAACAAUUGUUUCAAUUAGACUUCACGUUGUUUGGCUAUGAUCCUUUGCCACCGACAUUGUAUUAAUUCAUCUGACGAAUGAAUUUCAAACACGUAAAUCCUGUAUUUCCAAUAAGUAAGUCUUUAACAUGAGCGUACCAAAUUAAUGCAAAACGUGAUUCAGUGAACACCUUACUAUAUUUUUAGACCUUUAAUUAUUUGACUUUACCCAUAUUUCUACUGAAAUACAAGUAGUGUAACAUAUAACUCUAAUGAUAAUGUGUACUUACGAUUCGAGUCUUAAGUUGUUCCAAAUAAGAUAUAUAAGUUUUAAAACUGUCAAGACUAAUGCAAGCUCUUGUGUUGCCUCGCCUAGUGCUCGUUAGGUUUAUUAGGAAGAGCUGUUGUUUAUUGUAAUGAAAUAUCUAAGGACCCGCUCGUUUAGCUCAAUUGAGAGAACGCCGAUCUACGGAUCGCGAGAUCGGGAGUUCGAUCCUAGGGUGGGCUGUAUGUUCUACUUGGCGAUUUGAUAAAAGACAUUUUGUUUGAUAUCAUUCGUCCUCCACCUCUGAUUCCUGUGGGGAAGUUGGCAGUUACUUGCGGAGAACAGGUUUGUACUGGUACAGAAUAAAGGAACACUGGUUCGGUUAACUGCCCGCCGUUACAUGACUGAAAUACUGUUAAAACGGCGUUAAACCCAAAACGAACAAAUAAAAUAACAAAAUAUCUAAAGUUCCUCUUUUAUAAUAUAUAGUGUGAUCACGUGGUUUUGUUCGUAGAGAACAAUAAAUUUCAUUUCAAAAAGAAAAUUUCAAUGAAAUUUGCUACGAUUUUAUAGAUAUUUUUUCAUCAAUGUGGUGCGGGUAACAAUAUAAAUAUUAUGAUGAAACCUAUUAUUUGGAAACGAGUAAUGGCAGUUUUUUACAAUUUUGACAGCUAAAUUAUCAGUUUCAGUUUGAUCAUGUUUCGAUGGACUCACAUGUAUGUUCUUUACCAUAAUAUGCAAAAACAAAAUAAAUUUACUAAAGGGGAUGUAACUAAACAUAUUGCAAGAAUCUUAAUUUCUUUUAUUGAAUGGCAAGACAAUACAAUUGCACGUUUGUAGAAUACAAAGUAACCUUGAUCUCGCAAAACACACCUGUGAUGAACUGAACAGCACAAAGAGUAUAUAGUUUUGAUAUCGGCGAAACAUACAAAUUGGCUAACAAAGCAGUGAGAUGGUACAUUGCCAUGGUAAAUAAAUCCGUUUCUAUGAUAGUUCCCGAUGUAUGAUAUAUAAUUAAGAUAUUACAAAAGUACGCACGCAUUUUUGCAAACAGUAUUCUUUUCUUUGCAUUUUAUUUUAUUCUUUAAGAAAAUGAAAAUUAAUACUUAAAGCUAGGUACAUGUCACCACAUGACGUGCAUUCUGUCGGUGAGAAUCUAACCCCUACAAAAAUUUGUACAUUUUUGCAAAUAUUCCAAAUCUGGAAAAAUUGAAACAUGUAUGUGAAAAAAAUAUACUGGAAGAAUCGUCAAGGGCAAUUUUUCAAAUGGCGGCAAGAGAGAUAUUCUUUUUUGUUGAAGAUUCAUGUCGGCAACCUUUACUUAAGCCAUAUCUUUCUAAUUUCCGCAACUGUAUGUAAAACUUGUCAAUUCAUCCAUUGAUUUAAAUAUACAGUCACCAUUCCUAUAAAUAUUGGACUGACGUCGCCACAACUGUGGUGUAUAAAACAUAUUGAAAACCUCUCGGUCUUGUCGGGAUUUGUAUAAAACCAAACAACAAUGUUGAUCUGUUCAAGUCUGACAAUGGAAAAUGAUUACAAUGUAGCUAGAUUACGCAGGCAUUACAUUUUUGCUUGGACACGUCACAAUGCACAUAAUUAUAUUUUUUACAGUUUCAAGUAAAUUUUUAAGGGGAAAUGCCACAGUUGCCUAUAUGUAUAUAGGGCAAAAAAUUUCCUACGGGCAAAAUUUCUUUAAACUGUGUACUGACUAAGAAACAGGAUUACAACAGAAAUAUGUAUAAAAAAUCAUAGGUACCCAGAACUGAUCUUGAAUUAUCUGUCCUUGAAAGUAGAUAUUUUCAGUAGUUUCCGACUUUCAGGGGCGGAUAAUUUAUGACCAAGGCUGGGUUCCUAUGGUUUGUUUUAUUUCAUAUUUCUGUUUUUGAUUCGAUUUUCUAUCAGUAAAAAAGUUUAAAAAAGAAAUUCCUUCUGUAAAAAAGUUUUUGCUCCUUGUCAAAAUAUAGAGGAUAUUUGUUUGUUUUAGUGCAAGAUCGAAAUUUAUUUUAUGUAUUCAAGUGAAUUACAGAGUUUUCUCAGUGAAAUAAAAUUGAUAAUCCACUGUUUUGAAACAGUAGAUUAUCAUUUUUAUUUUCCACUGUUUCUGCCGAACUAGUUCCGGUCCUCCGUCGCGAUUGAAGUCAAAUUAUAUACCGAGCAUUAUGAAUACCGGGGACCAUAAUGACGAUGACGUCGUUAAAAUGACGUCAUUUUGUGUUAUGCUUUCUGCUGACCUUUCCCGCGAUUUUCGACAUUUAAUGCAUUACGCAACAAAAGUAGAGUUUUACACAUGAAAUAAAAAGAAAAUUUGUUUGUUUCAGUGAAAUAUCAAUUUUAUUUCACUCGUGAGCACCAAAAAAGUCAUUUUCACUCGUGGCUACGCCACUCGUGAAAAUAUCAGUUUUUGAUGCUCACUUGUGAAAUAAAAUUGAUAUUUCACUGAAACAAACAAAUAUCCUCUAUAUAUUUCACCGAGUGAACACUGUAAUGCAAUAUUUUCACGAGCGGCACAGCCACGAGUGAAAAUGUAAAUUAUCGUGUUCACGAGUGAAAUAUAUUUCGAUCUUACACUGAAACAAACAAAUUUUCUAUUUAUUUUAUGCAUUUUUAAUGUUUUAACCAAAUUAUAUUCAGUUUGUCCACGCAACGUCACGUGCAUUGCAUCAUAACGUCAUAAUGUUGUGACGUCAGGAUGUCUUUGCAUAAAAAACUAUAAAUAGUUAUAUUACGUUUCCUGAUUUCUUUUACAUUUCAUUAUGAUAAAAUGUAGAAUCUUAAUAUGUAUGAUCAUUUUAUUAUUUUUAUACAUCUUUACUAAAGAAUAUCUCGCAAGGAAAUUCCUAUCAUUAUAAUUCGUAUCAUUUCGCAUUCAAAUGUAGUUCCGUACCAGUGAAAAAUAAAAAUGAUAUUUUCACUGUUUGAAACAGUAAAAAUAUCAAUUUUAUUUCACCGAUAAAUUUCAGUAUUUCAUAGAAGAGCAUAAAAUAAAGAGACUGUUGCAAAUGUCCUUAAAGACAAAGAAAAUCUCCUAUAUAAGUGACCCCCCCCCCCAAUACCAGACUUUUUAAUCCCCAGUAUACAAGAUCCUGUCUGGUCCAGUCUGAUAAGGGUCCAUAAAACCCCUGUAGACUUGACAUGUAGCCUAAUUAUUGUCAGGGAAUCAUAAAUUUUAUUGCCUACAGGUAAAUUGGUUAUUUCCUGUGUUUUGCAUUUUAUUAAUUGAAAUAUUGUUGUUUUUUUUAGUCUUUUUUCAGCAUGUACACAAAAUUUUAAUUGUUAAGAUGCUAAUAUUGAUUGCUCAGUCAUGUGAGUAAUGUCCUGGCCAAUUAAAUUAUAACUCUUAUAGCAAAGCAAUUCUCACUAUAAAAUAAUUAUUCAAAACUUAAUAAGAGAAAUUACAAGUUUGUUUAUUCAAUGAUUAUGAUCUUUUUAUCAAAAGUAACAAAAUAAAAACGAAAAAAAAAAAAGAUAAUUGCUGGAUUUUAUUAGAAAUUAAAGAAGCGUUCAGUUGCAUUUUUAAUAGAUAGAGAAGGUAUAUAGACUGAAGGAUGUUAUAUAUUAAAAAUGCUUAAUUCCUCUUGUGUUGUUUAAAUAAUGUUAACUUUCUUUUAUGUAUAAUAAAAUCCAGCAAUAAAGAUAUAUCAUUGUUCAAAAUACACAAUAAUUUAUUACUUCUAAAAGCUAUGUGCCUGAAUGCAUUUUUUAUAUUUUUGAUAAUAAUAAACAGCAAUAAUGAGAUGUAAUUGUUAAAAAACUUACUUUAUUAAAAAUAUGUUAAAACACUA